UCUAUAGCACAACGGCGCAGAGCGCACACAUUUAUUUUUUUCUCAAUUGCCAUUGCCACGCGGAUUUCAUUCAAAGAGCCGCAUGUUUUGUUGAUAUUGUUUUAUUGAAAAAUAUAUCUUGAACAAAAAAAACAUUUUUCACUUUGAAUAUUUUAUUAUUAUUAAAAAUUUAAAUUACAAGAACGCGUCUUUUUUGUUUUGUGAUUCUUUGCUAAUAAUAAGAAAUGGCUGAAAAGUUAAAUUGCAAUGAUUCUACAAAGGAUGAUCUAAAGGAUGGAUUAUCUUGUGAAACUUUAUUUGCCCAAAGUGAGGGUUUAACUUACAAUGAUUUCCUUAUUCUGCCGGGAUAUAUUGAUUUCACCGCAGAAGAGGUGGACAUCAGUUCUCCAUUGACAAAGUUAAUUAAGUUAAGAUCCCCAUUAGUGUCAUCUCCUAUGGACACAGUUACGGAAUCUGAUAUGGCAAUAGCGAUGGCGCUUUGUGGUGGUAUUGGAAUUCUUCACAAUAACUGUACCCCCGAAUACCAAGCGAACGAAGUACACAAAGUCAAAAAAUACAAACACGGUUUUAUUCGUGAUCCGUCAGUGAUGUCACCAGAGAAUACAGUUGGUGAUGUACUUGAAGCACGUCGCAAAAACGGCUUCACAGGCUAUCCAAUUACAGCCAAUGGCAAAUUAGGUGGUAAUUUGCUUGGUAUUGUUACAUCUCGUGACAUUGAUUUUCGAGAAGAUCAACCUCAUUUAAAAUUGGGGACAAUUAUGACAACUGAUUUGAUAACAGCCCCAAAUGGUAUAACUUUACACACAGCCAAUGCCAUUUUGGAAAAGAGCAAAAAAGGAAAACUGCCCAUUGUUAAUGAAAAUGGUGAAUUGGUUGCAUUAAUAGCUCGAACUGAUUUAAAGAAAGCUCGUAGUUAUCCAAACGCAUCGAAAGAUAGUAACAAACAGUUGCUUGUUGGAGCUGCUAUUGGAACUAGACCCGAAGAUAGAGAUCGUUUGAAAUUGCUUGUUGCCAGUGGUGUUGAUGUUAUUGUGCUAGAUUCAUCACAGGGAAAUUCAAUUUAUCAGAUUAACAUGAUCAAGUAUAUAAAGGAGACUUACAAUGAUUUACAAGUUAUUGCUGGAAAUGUUGUUACUAGAGCGCAAGCGAAAAAUCUUAUUGAUGCCGGUGCAGAUGGUCUACGCGUCGGUAUGGGCAGCGGUUCGAUUUGCAUUACCCAAGAAGUAAUGGCGUGCGGAUGCCCUCAAGCAACAGCUGUCUAUCAGGUUGCUACAUAUGCCAAACAAUUUGGAGUUCCAAUUAUAGCCGAUGGUGGUAUUCAGUCAAUUGGCCAUAUAGUGAAAGCAAUUGCUUUAGGAGCAUCAGCUGUUAUGAUGGGCUCUUUGCUAGCGGGAACAUCCGAAGCUCCAGGCGAAUACUUCUUCUCCGAUGGAGUUCGUCUAAAAAAAUACCGUGGAAUGGGAAGUCUGGAGGCAAUGGAAAGAAGAGAUGCCAAAGGUGCAGCCAUGUCUCGUUAUUAUCACAACGAAAUGGAUAAAUUAAAAGUAGCACAAGGUGUAAGCGGUAGCAUUGUUGAUAAAGGAUCUGUCUUGCGAUAUAUUCCAUACUUAGAAUGUGGUCUUCAACAUAGUUGUCAAGACAUUGGUGCUCGAUCAAUAACUGAAUUGAGGAGCAUGAUUUAUAGUGGUGAACUUCGAUUUAUGAAACGCACUCAUUCCGCUCAAGUUGAAGGCAAUGUUCACGGUCUAUUUUCAUAUGAAAAAAGGCUUUUCUAGCAUAAACCUGUAAAUGUUGUACCAUUGAAAAAUAGCACUGAAGGUGAAUUAAUUAAUAUAAGAAACUACAAAAGAAUCCAUACAUCAAAUAAGGACAACAAUAGCCAGAUAAAAAAAAUCAACAACAAACAAUAAGGAAAACCAGGGAAGGAAUAUUCCAGAAAUAGAACUCGCCAAAUGAUAGUUUCCAUAAUAAUUACUAAUGAUUACUUUGAAAUAUAAAAAAAAGUAUUUAGCGCAAAAUAAAAUAAAAAAAACUUGAAAAUAAUGUCUUCUAUUGAUUAUAAACGUUAUUUAACGUUCAACUAGUUAAGUUCUUUAUUAUACAUAAAAUGAAGCCCAAAUUAAAAUAAAUACAGUUUAUACAAAAUUUAAAAUUUUAAAAGUAAUAAAUUAGUUCAAAUAA